UUGAGCGCCCGUGCCGGCCAGUGAUAACGCGCUCGAUUUUCCCGCCCAAUUUUGACAACUGCAAAAACAAAAGAAAAAAUGUUUCUAAACGAUGUGACUUGACAAAACUGUUUCGGCCAGUAUUGUUUUUGAACUUUAAAAAAAGUUUGACAAACUUUUUUAGUGUUGAACGAUGUAGAUUAAAAGUUUUAAAGUUUUUUUGUUUAGUGCCAUUUCGAAGCAGCAAGGAGGUUAAUCUUCACAAUGGAUCCCGACCUGAUGGAUGAGAUGGUGCUGGAGACGACUCCUCGGACGUCGUACCUAACCACGGUGUUUUCGUCCGAAGGCACCCACACCCUCGCCAAGAACACCACCAACUCCACCAUUGGGGUCAACAAUGUCAACAUGUAUUUCUUUUAUGAUACAAUCCAGUUCACUGUGAUGUGGGUGCUGUUCGUCGCCAUCGUGGUGCUGAACGCGUCCGUCAUCGCAGCUCUGCUGUGCACCAACGCCAGAAAAAGCAGGAUGAACUUCUUCAUAAUGCAGUUGGCUAUUGCAGAUCUGUUCGUCGGUCUCAUUUACGUGUUCGUGGAUAUAGUACAGAAGAUAACUAUAGCGUGGCUGGCCGGAGAGUUCAUGUGUAAAUUCGUCAGAUUUCUUCAGGCUGUGGUGAUGUAUGCGUCUACAUACGUCCUGGUAGCCUUGAGCAUAGACAGAUGCGAUGCCAUCACGAACCCCAUGAAUUUCUCCGGAAGCUGGAAUCGUGCAAGAGGCUUAAUUAUAUCAGCGUGGCUAAUAAGCAUCGUGUUCUCCGUCCCAGUGUUCAUACUGUACGAACUUAAAGAGAUGCAAGGCCAACCGCAGUGCUGGAUAGAGCUAGGCACGCCUCGCCGAUGGCAGAUCUGGAUGACGUUGGUGUCGAUCAUGAUCUUCGUUCUGCCAGCGCUGGCCAUCGCAGCGUGCUACGCGGUCAUAGUGCUGACUAUAUGGACGAAGAGCAAAGCUGUGGUUAUGAGCCCGCCCAUCAACUCUAGGAGGACCAAAACCUUGAGAAAUGGGCACGUGGAGAGCGACCCGGACUCCCGCCGUGCGAGCUCCAGGGGGCUCAUCCCAAGGGCCAAGAUAAAGAGCGUGAAGAUGACCUUCGUUAUUGUUUUUGUGUUCGUGCUCUGCUGGUCCCCGUACAUCGUGUUCGACCUGCUCCAAGUGUACAACCACAUCCCGCCGACGCAGAGCAACCUGGCCAUCGCUACCCUCAUCCAGAGCCUGGCGCCUCUCAACUCGGCAGCCAACCCUCUGAUAUGUUGCAUGUUCUCCCCCCAUAUUUAUACGAGCCUCAGGCGAGUGCCGCCCUACCGCUGGCUAUUCUGGGGCCGCACGCGCAAGCGUCACGGGCGCGGCACGCUGCGAUCGCGAUCCGACUCCACCGCGCACUCCGAUCUGCUGAGCUCCACGCACGCGCGACGCUCGCACUCUGUUGCCACGAUCCUAAACCGCACCCGCAGCAACAGCGUGUCCCGCGAGGUGCGCCGCACGCAGCUCCUAGUGCUAGUUCCCGCGCGCGACUGACAGCGUGCUCCCGCGAGCGCGCGCGUCGCGUCCACCCACGACGUGAUGCUCUAGCGCCGCCUGCCGGCCUGCAGCGGGAACCACUGCUGCAGGCACUCGCUGGAAGUGCGCUUCGAGGCACGGACUAUGAAGUAGAUGACUAAGGCAAGAGUAUUUGUGUUAUUGGUGACGUGUGUGAUGCUCUAGUGUGACUGACAGAGCCUGCCCGUGGAUACUACUCACGACGUGUUACUCUAGCGCCGCCUGCCGGCCUGCAGCGGGAACCACUGCUGCAGGCACUCGCUGGAAGUGCGCUUCGAGGCAGGGACUAUGAAGUAGAUGACUAAGGCAAGAGCAUUUGUGUUACUGUGACGUAUGUGAUGCUCUAGUGUGACUGACAACGCCCGCCCGCGAGCUAUUAUUCACGACGAGAUGCUCCAGUAACGCUUCCCGGCCUGCAGCGGGAAUCACUGCAGGAACUCGCUGGAAGUGCGGUUCGAGACAGGGACUAUGAAGUAGAUUACCACUAGUGUGUUUUUUGGGACAUUCGUGAGGCUAUAGUGCUACCAGCCGGAAGAAUGAUUGCUGCAGGCACUUCUUAAAAGUGAGGUUCUAGGUGGAGACUAUCAUUGCUUAGUAUGUUACCUACUAGUCACCGACGUGAUGCUCUAGCGCCGCCUGCCGGCCUGCAGCGGGAACCACUGCUGCAGGCACUCGCUGGAAGUGCGCUUCGAGGCAGGGACUAUGAAGUAGUUAGUAAACCACUAAGGCAAGAAUAUUUGUGUUCUUAGUGUGUUACUGGUGACGUAUGAAGUGAUCUAGUGCGACCACGACGUGAUGCUCUAGCGCCGCCUGCCGGCCUGCAGCGGGAACCACUGCAGCAGGCACUCGCUGGAAGUGCGCUUCGAGGCAGGGACUAUGAAGUAGACCAUCCUUAAGGCCAGUGUAAAGCAAGAUAACUGAGGCAAGAAUAUUUGUCUUAUUAGUGACGUAUGUGAUGCUCUAGUGUGACUGACAACGCGCGCCCGCGAUCUACUACUCACGACGAUAUGCUUUGUAACGGUUCCCGACCUGUAGCGGGAAU